AUGGAAUUAGUUAACUUUGAGCAAGUAAAACGCUUUAUUGAAGAAGGCACAAAACAAUGUCUUGAGAAACUUAAACAAGAUCCUUCAGACUAUGAGAGCCAUUCUGUACUUUCAACUAUACUUAAUGCAAAUUUAUCUGCACCUACAAAUUACUCAGAGAAAGAACAAGCUGAGUUAUUAAUUUGCUUAAAGUGUUCAAUUCUACCAUUAAACGAAGAAGAUGAAAAGAUCAAACUUUUAAAACAAAUUUCUUGGGAUGUGUUUACUUUGAUGAUACCUUUUCUUUCAUUAUCAGAUUCAGUCUCAAGUAUUACACAAGAAAUUGUUCAAAGCAUCGCACAACACAACAAUGCACGAGAGACACAUAUGAUGAUUAUGGAAAGGUUUAGUUGGCUUGAAUGGAAGAGUCAACAUUGCUCUACAAUGGAAUUUAGCUGUUUAAUUAAAGUUCUAAGAACAGGUUACGUGGUUCCUAUAUUCGUAUCAAUAAUGAACCAAGUAGUAUUUACAAUAUUACAUUUACUGAUGAUAUUUUUAGUUCUCAAUCGAUUGGAUAGAAGAAUUUUGAUCAAAUUUCUACCAGAAACGGUUCAAGCUGUUAUUCGCGUUUGGUCGGCGCUGGAUGAACUUGAUAAUAUACAUAGUGAUAUUGUUACUGAUAGUUUAAUCCAAUUCGUUGAAAUCAUAGCAGAACUGAUGGAAGUUGAAAAAAAGGAACUUAAACUUGAUUUUACACGAAAUAAUCAAGAAUAUUAUUUAUCGAAUUAUUUGAUUAUCACUUCAUUUGAGAAAUUUAUUCGAUCCACUCAUAUUCCUUUGUCUCCCGCAUAUUUUGAGAUAUACCACCCCAAAUUUCACGUUUUAUGGGAACGUAAACAGAGUACAGGUAUCCGAACUAUUGAUAAAACAAGACUUAUGAGAUUAGUAGUAAGUAGAUUUAAAGGAUUUAAUAAUAUUUAUACCCAAAAUAACCAACUAUUCUUUUAUCAGCAAGCUUCUAUAAAAGCCCAUAUCUCUAUAGAUCAACUUGUAAAUUAUAUUAAUAAUUCAAUUAAGGAGCCAACUGUUAGCGAACAAAAAGACAGCACAUUUUCUACUAAAGAUUUUCCUAUUUCAUCAAGCGGCAUUUUAGUGUAUGUGGCAGGUGUUAUAUAUUAUCAAUUUAUGCACCAAGACGACUCCUUCGUAGAAAAAUCUGUAAUUCCUUUGUCUCCUGAAUGGUUGUUCAAAAAUAUUGUUUCUAUUGCUUCAAAAUAUCUAUCAAGCGAUCCUAAUGAACUUGAAAUGUCGGAUAAGACUUUACUUGUGUUAUUAUAUUUGACUGAGAGAAAUGAAGAAAGUACGGUUUCUUCAGACCAUCUGGAGGCUAAAUUGUCCAAAGAUGGAACAACUUUAACACAUUUAUAUCAAGUUAUCAGUGUAUUUGCAUCAACUUCACCAGAUGAAACUUUACGUUUCAUUUCCUUUAAAUUACUUUCGCGUUUAAUAACGUUAUGUAAAGAUGAUGCUAGGAUUUUCUUAUUACGUGAAUUGUUAACAAAUUGUCCAUUUGAGACCAUGAAAAGUGCUGCGAUUGGGAUUUCUGCCAUUUCUGUUUUUGCCAGCAGAUUCAUUAUUGAAACUUUCUUUCCACAUAUACUUCGAUUUGAAUCACCUUCAAUACUGGAAAAUGAAAAAGAAUUUACAGAAAA